UUCAAGGCGGGCAAGUAGCCAACUUCUUCACCAUAUUCCAGUCUUGGCCCUCUGCCACCACUGCACACCCACCCAUCGAGCUCACCCGACAGAGACAGGUCGCAUCUUCUGUCUUUGGCCCCAAACACUCCCUGCCGGCCUUCCUCCACCAUCACCUGCUUUGCGCGAGCCCACCUCCAUAGCUCCCUCGUCAACCACAUCGCGCCCCCUCCCAUAACAAAGAAACAGGCAUCAACCACAGUCUGUCAAGAUGAGCACCAUGGACCUGAUUGACGACCGUGCUGAGCUGGACGAAGAGGAAGAGGAGGGCUCCUUCGACGGAGAUGAAGAUGGCGAGGACGUCCAGCCCCGCCGCCGGCAAGAGCGCACAAACGUAGACGACUCCAGCGAGGAGGAAGACGAUGACGAUGAUGAAGAGGAGAUACAAAAGGUACAGGAAGGUUUCAUCGAUGACGAGGACGAAGACGUCGACGACUCCGGCGAGCGAGAGCGCCGAAGGCGUAGGAAGCGUCGGCGAGCGGAACGUGACGAGGAAGCUCAGCUCGACGAGGAAGAUUUAGACCUCAUUGGUGAGGCCAACCCAGAGUUCCAGAGCAGAGAACAGGCCCAGUCAACAACAUAUAAACGCUUGAAACGGGGUCAUGAGGAUCGUUACAAUAAACGACCGGCUGAACUAGCUGCUACCUUGUUCGACGAAGAAGACGAGGCCGGUGACGAGCGUCACUAUGCCCGCCCGAACCACAGCCGUGCUGCGCCUGACGAAUUCGAGGACUUCAUCGAGGACGACUAUGGCGACGAAGAGGAGCGCAUCAGGCAACAGGAGGACAUGGAAGUCGCUCGUGGGCGCGAUCGCCUGCUUGUCGGCAGCGUCAUGCAGAAUACCGACCUGGAACAAGAGGCCCUGGAAGACAUGGAGAGAAUCUUCGGCAAUGGCGAAGAGUACUUGUGGGCUCUUGAGAAAGAGGAAGACGAGGAGGAAGGCAUCGAAGAGCAGCAGCUCGAACUCAAGGACGUCUUUGAGCCCUCGCAGCUGACCGAGAGGCUCCUGACCGAUGAGGACAACGAGAUUCGCGCCACCGAUGAACCCGAACGAUUCCAGCUUGACCGGAGACCCUUCAAGAAGUCCCAGAUACAGCCGGACCUCAAGGAAGAGACCAAAUGGAUCUCGGAUCAGCUGUGGAACUUUAAACAAUUCAGCAUGGAUCCAAUGCUGGAAGGGCACUUCGCCAAGGCCGUCAGCAAGGUCUUGGAAUUCUUCAUCAUCGACUCGGUCGAGGUCCCUUAUGUUUUCCAGCACCGCAAGGACUAUCUGAUCCACGCUCGGAAAGCGAGAAACCCCGAUUACAAUCGCCGUGAUCAGGACUCUUCCGAAUUCGUGGUUCAAGCCGAGAAGCUCCUGAACCAGGAUGACCUGUGGAAGAUCCUCGAGCUCGAUACCAAGUUCCGUGGUUUCGUCGAGAAGCGAGCGGCGUUGGAGAAGAACGCUGCCAGCCUCCGUGGCAUUGACGUGCAAGACACCAUGCUCGAAGAACAAAUCGCGGAAGCAAAGCAGAUGGAGGAGCUUCAGGAUCUGCUCGACUACGUCAACUUCAAGUAUUCAACGCAACUGAAGGACGUCACCGCAACGGAUGGUGAGACACUCAAGCGGCCGGGAGCAAGGUCGUCUCUGUUUGACCGGGUACGGAAGAGCAAGGCCUAUGACUUCUUCCUGGCCUACGGCCUGCCGCCUGAGACCGUGGUGUCCAACCGGCUCAAUGCGGCCUCCAACGCACCGUCGGGCACACAACGAGUUGUCGCUGAUGAUCCGUCGGAGCACCCUGUCGACUUGGCAGAUAGCUUGACGGACGGCGACUUCUCCACUGCGGACGCAGUCAUCAACGCUGCUCGCCAACUGUACGCUGAAGAGCUGUUUUCGAGUCCGAGAUUACGCAAGUGGAUGCGCGAACAUUACGUGGUGAACGCCGUCUUCACCUGUCGCCGUACAGAGAAGGGGCUACGCAGAAUCGAAGACUCCCACCCCUUUUACGAGAUUAAAUACAUCACCAAUCUCCAUAGCUCGGACAUCGCCAGGAAGCCGGAAAUCUUUUUAAAGAUGAUGAGGGCUGAAGAAGAGGGCCUAGUCGAGGUAAAGGUAGCCCUCCAGGAUGAGCGCGAGUUGAGGCGACAAUUUUCUCAAGACUUCGCAUCCGACAAUUUCAGCGAGAAAGCAGACGCAUGGAACGACGAGCGCAAGAAGGUGCUGGAGCUCGCAAUGUCCAGGCUGGACAAGAUGAUGAUCAAGGCCGUCAAAGAUGCCAUGCGAACGACGUGUCAGGAACAAAUACUCAAGAUCUGCCGUGAGGAGUACACACGCAGGCUCGACCAAGCCCCUUACAAGCCCAAGGGUAUGGUGCUCGGCACAACCCCUCGAGUUCUCGCUCUCUCAAAUGGAAUGGGCGAUCCGAACCGAGAGAAGAUCACAUAUGCUUGGGUCGAGGAAGAUGGUCGCGUGAUCGAGUCCGGCCAGCUGGGUAACCUUGCUAGGGACGAGGAGGCUCGUGAACAGUUCGCAGAGCUGGUCAGAAGGAGGGAACCAGACGUCAUUGCUGCCAGCGGUUUCUGUGCCGACACCCAUAAACUCAUCAAGGACCUGGAGAACCUCGUCAACGAGAAGGGCCUCAUGGGCCCUGAAUAUGACGACCAAGAGACCAACGAACUCCGCACGGACUUACUGGAAGUCAUGGUUGUCAAUGACGAGGUUGCCCGCCUCUACAAGGACAGCCCUCGAGCCGUCACCGAGCACCCCACACUGCCGUCUCUCACGAGGUAUUGUGCAGCUCUUGCACACUACCUCCAGAAUCCUCUCAAGGAGUACGCAGCGCUUGGGAAGGACGUCAUCUCCUUGUCUUUCCACCCGUGUCAAAAUUUGCUGCCGGCAGAUAAGUUGAGCAAAUACCUCGAAACUGCGAUGGUGGACAUGGUAAAUCUGUGUGGUGUCGACAUCAACGAGGCUGUCAAGGACCCUUAUACUGCUAACUUGCUGCCAUACGUAUCUGGUCUCGGCCCGCGAAAAGCACAGGCCGUCAUCAAGGGCAUCAACAUGAAUGGAGGUGUCGUGACCUCGAGAGAUGAACUCGUGGGAGACCCUGAUCAGCACAAGCUUCCCGUUGUCGGCCCGAAGGUCUGGGAUAAUUGCGCAAGUUUUCUGUUCAUCGAGUACGACACGUCCAGCCCGGGUUCGGAGCCUUUGGACAACACUCGUGUACACCCAGAGGACUACGAGCUUGGACGGAAGAUGGCGGCCGAUGCCCUGGAGCUUGAUGAGGAAGACGUCAAAGCCGAGACGGACGAGAACGGGGCUGGCGCUAUUGUUCGCAAGCUGUUCCGAGACGACGAGCAAGAGAAGGUCAACGAGCUGGUACUCGAGGAAUACGCUGAACAGCUGGAGGCGCAGUACAGCCAGCGGAAGCGAGCGACGCUAGAGACCAUCAGGGCGGAGUUGCAAGCGCCGUACGAAGAGUUGCGACGGCAUUUCAUGACCCUCAGUACGGAUGAGAUCUUCACCAUGUUCACUGGGGAGACCAAGGAGACACUGGCGGAGGACUCGAUCAUUCCUGUGAAUGUUCGCAUCGUCAAGGAUGAUUUCGCCAUUGUUCGGUUGGACUGCGGAAUAGAAGGCCGUAUCGAAGCACACGAGGUCUCAUACCGCUCUUCGGUCAAGGACGUCCUCUCCGUCGGCCAGACCGUCCAGGCCAAGAUCCUGGAGGUUGACCGCAAAGCAUUCCUGGCAAAACUAACUGUCCGCGAGGAUAUGCUGCGUCGAUCAAACAGGAGGCACGACUACGACCGAAAUAUGUGGGACUACCGUCAGGAAGAAGACGACAAGGAAGAGCUCAAGGAGAAGGACAGGACUACGGGCAGGACGCAGCGUGUCAUCAAGCACCCCUUAUUUAAGCCUUUCAAUGCCACACAAGCCGAAGAGUGGCUUGGCUCCCAGUCUCCAGGCGAGGUCGUCAUCAGGCCAUCAUCCAAGGGCAACGAUCAUCUUGCCAUAACCUGGAAGGUUGCAGAUGGCGUCUAUCAGCACGUCGACGUCCUCGAGCUGCAGAAGGAGAACGAGUUCUCUGUUGGCCGUCUGCUCCGUGUAGGCGGCAAACACUCAUACACAGAUCUCGACGAGUUAAUCGUCGACCAUGUGAAGGCGAUGGCCAAAAAGGUCUCUGAACUGAUGCAGAGCGAAAAGUUCCAGAAGGGCUCGAAGGCUGAGCUUGAAAAGUGGCUCACCACCUAUAUGGACGCCAAUCCCAACCGAUCGAGCUACGCAUUCUGCAUCGACAACAAGCACGCAGGCUACUUCUGGCUGUGCUUCAAGGCCAAUCGGUCGUCGCGGGUCAUGGGCUGGCCAGUGCGCGUCGUGCCCAACGGCUUCGAGUUCUUGAAGAACCAGUACCCCGAUGUCAGGGCACUCACAAACGGGUUCAAGAUGAGGUACCAGGGCGAGAUCCAGCGCCUUUCGGCGAACGGCGGACGGUGAUAAGUGUGGUGGGCGAGGCAGAGUCUUGUGGGCCGUUGUGUUACGACUUUGUAUCCUGUUAAAUCAGAAAUAAUUAUUUCGGCCGCUCAAAAGGCAAGUACGCGGUGCCCCGGCAAACCCCCAAAAUCAGCUCAUUGGGGAUGAUGAAGCUGGGCAAAGACGAGAAUGGAUAAGUCCUUCAAAAGUCGCAGACUGGCCUUAGAGGCCGCAGCUGAGUUGCAACCCGAUGGGUACCUACCACUGGCAAGUAGUCAGUUCCCGUCAGCGUCUUCUCCAAGUAGUGCCGGAUCCAUUUUAGUGACGCGUCCCGUCCCGAUCCCCAAUACCAUCGUCUCCAUAAUCUAACAAGUAUUCUUCCGCACCGACACAUCAAAUAUACUGAUGCCAAUCACCAGUGGAUAGCUCAAGCACAAUCGUUGCGUAAAUCUUGACCCACAUUCACAUGGUGAC